UCAAGUGCAAUCCCACUAGUUUCAUGGACAGUGUGUUUCAACCUUUGUGUUUUUCAACCUUUUUUCAGUCAAGGCACCCUUUAAAAUUAUGGACACUCCAGAGGCACCCUUUAAAAUUAUGGACAGUCCAGAGGCACCCUCUAAAAUCAUGGACAGUCUUGAGGCACCCUUUAAAAUUAUGGACAGUCCUGAGGCACCCUUUAAAAUUAUGGACAGUCUCUAGGCACCCUUUAAAAUUAUGGAUAGUCCUGAGGCACCCUUUAAAAUUAUGGACAGUCCUGAGGCACCCUUUAAAAUUAUGGACAGUCUCUAGGCACCCUUUAAAAUUAUGGAUAGUCCAGAGGCACCCUUUAAAAUUAUGGACAGUCCAGAUGCACCCUUUAAAAUUAUGGACAGUCCAGAGG